GCUGGACUCACUGUCGUUACGAACUCGAUCACAAUGCAGCUCCUAGCACCGCUGUUCUACGCAUCAACUGUCCUUGCGUUCAGCUUGGACCUGCGAGAUCCAAAGCUCAUCAGCCGUCAGGCGUCGCAGGACAUUGCGGCCGACAUCAAGGCGAUCACAUCUGCGACAGACGGCUUGACGGCAGCUCUUCGCAACUUCAACGAUGCCAGCACAGCUUUGGCCGUAAACGCGGCAACGGGAAAGGUGUCAGAUGCGAUCAAGAAGGGAACUUCAGACGCCAAUGCCCUCUCGUCAAUCUCUCAAGCCGAUGCUCUCACCCUUUCUGGCCCAAUCGGCGACUUGAACGAUGCGACGAAGCGAUCGAUCGACCAGUUGAUUGCAAAGAAGCCACUGUUCGUUUCGCUUGGAUUUGCUGGAAUUGUUCUCGACACGCUCAAGUCGCAACAGGCUCAAUCGUCAGCCUUCUCGGAAGCAGUGAUUUCCAAGAUUCCAGAAGGUCUUCGCACCAUCGCCAGCAACAUUUCCAAGCCGGCUGCUGACGCGAUCGCUGCUGGUAUCGCGGCUUUCUCGAACACGUCCUCUGGCAUGUCCACUUCAACCGCAGCAGCUAUGGGCGGUGCUAAACCGACGACCACUAGCCCCAUGGCAGCUCCUGCUCCAACCACGACCAUGGCCUACGGCGGAGGUGCUUCGCCAACCACCCCAGUUGGCAGCAUGGUCAGCAACAUCGGCAGCAUGGGUAGCCAAAUUCCAGGUAGCACUCCAAUUACAGCGGCUUACACUCCAACCGGAUGCGCAGUUACACAAAUAGGGGAUGGGCAGCUUCAAUGCACAUCAACACCUGAGGCUUAUACCGGAGCAGCUAUGCCCACAGCGGCCGCCGGCUUUGGCGCUUUCGCCGCCGCCGCCAUGGCUGUUGCUGCUGCUGCUCUUUAA